CAGGAUGUCGUGAAAGUCGGCCAAUCAAACUAUGAUCCUCCGAUGGACAUUGAGCCUGCUGCUCCUGUUCGAUGGAAGAACGCAGGCCGUCGAUCCAUCGCAAUGCAUCGCUCCAUUGGGAAUGGAGAAUGGAGGCAUCAAGGACGCGGACAUAACGGCCUCCUCCUCAUUUGAUAGCGGCAAUGUGGGCCCUCAACAUGGCCGCGUCAGAACGGACAAGAAUGGCGGCGCUUGGUGUCCUCAGAAGCAGGCCACCACCGAACCUGAGGACUGGAUCCAGAUCGACCUGAAGACGGUUCACAUGAUCACAGCGACCGAAACGCAGGGCCGAUUUGGCAAUGGGCAGGGAAUCGAGUAUGCGGAAGCCUACAUGAUUGAGUACUGGCGACCUCGUCUGCAGAAAUGGAUCCGGUAUCAUAAUGCCAAAGGAGAGGAGGUGAUUGAGGGCAACAUCAACCCCUACCUGGGGGCCAAGCGCCAACUGGAUCCGCCCCUAUGGGCCAGCAAGAUCCGCCUCUACCCCUACAGCCACCACAAGCGGACCGUCUGCAUGCGAGUGGAGCUGUACGGCUGUCGCUGGACAGACGGCAUUGUCAGCUACUCGAUGCCGCAGGGCGACAAGCGAGGCCCCAACUGGGAGUUCUUCGAUCUGGGAUAUGACGGCGUGUGGGAAGGUCCCGAGCUGAGGCACGGCCUCGGUCAGCUGAUCGAUGGAAAGUUCGGCCACGACGAUUUUAAGACCGAUCAGUACGAGGGCCAGACUUGGGUGGGAUGGAAGAACGAGUCUAGACACAGACCGGUGGAGAUCAGAUUCGAGUUUGAUCGCGUUCGAGAAUUUUCCGGUGUGCACAUCUACUGCAACAACCAAUUCACCAAAGAAGUGCAGGUGUUUGCCCAGGCCAAAGUGCUGUUUAGUGUGGGAGGAAAGCGCUUCAACAAGGGCGAGCCGAUCAGCUUCGAGUACAUGGAGGACCGGAUCUUCGAAAGCGCUCGCAAUAUCUCCAUCAAGCUGCACCAUCGCGUGGGGAAGUACGUGAAGCUGCAGCUGUUUUUCGCCUCCAAAUGGAUCCUGAUCAGUGAGGUGUCUUUUGAGGCGGUGGUGGCGCACGGGAACUUUACACCUGAGCCUGAAGUGGCCACCACCACUCAUGUGCGAGUCGCUUCGGAUCAUGGACAUAAAAUCGAAAUUCCCGCGCCGAGCAGCAUCAACGAUCCAGUCAUCGUGCUCAUUGUGAUUGGGAUCAUUGCGGUGCUGUUGCUACUGGGGCUCAUCAUGUUUCUGAUUUAUCGGUUCAAGAGGCGCAAGUUCCUCAGAAGCCCCAACUCCUCCAACUUGGGGUUCCCCAAUGGGACGCUGCCGCCCCACUUGCAGAACAACGACAGCAUCUUCCGGAUGCAAAAGAGCAAAAACGGGGCGCAGGAAAAGGAGCACAUUGAAGCCUACGGGGUGACGGACAUCAACAAUUGCGACGACUAUUGGAGGAAGAGUCAUGGAGGCGGCUCUGUUAAGUCCAGCUUACGGUCCACCUUGCCCCUUCCACAUCCGGAGGAAAACACCUACCAGGAGCCCUAUCAAGCGAUGCAGUUCGCUCAGUAUUACAGCUCCAGCCCCAUCAUAAUGGAGAUGACGAACUACAGCAGCACCAGCUUGGACAAGCCCCACUCUAACUGUGAUAAUUACGACUACGAUAUUCCGGAGGGAAAUUCGGUGCCAGUGGCGUUUCCGUCGCUGGACAAGGCUGGGAUUCACACCAACUCCUCCAAGAGUGGGCAAAGGGUGUCCUUGCGGAGCACCACAUGUGGGGACAUGGAAGCAGAGAUGGUGAGUUACUCAUUUAUUUAGAUGUUGUUGGCGGCU